UUUGUAAAACAGGUAAGGGGUAGGAUAUAAAAGCAGAUUUCACCUUACGAAGAGCAAUAUUCCUAUUGGGAGGCAGGAAACAGCGAGAUCAAUAGAGGAGUUUAUGUAUAGAAAAAGCAUGAUGCAAGACCAAGAGAAGAUGUCACAAGAGGAUUUCUUUACCCGCUUAGGAAACAUUCCUGUCGUGGGAACUACCUGGACGCAGGCCUGGGGUCUGUACCAGAAAACUAAGGAGAGCAACACCAUUAUCCGCUCCACACUCAAUAUGGCUGAGUCUGGCAUCAAAACUGUCACAGAAACCACUAAACCCAUGGUGGAGAAAUACCAGCCUCAGAUUGAGAUUGUAAACAAAUAUGCCUGCCAGCAGCUUGAUAAUCUGGAGAAUAAAUACCCUGUCAUCAAAAAACCUACUGAAGAGUUGGUGGCUGAUGGUAAAGAGCUAAUUCAACCGACCCUUGACCGUGUCAAUGCUGUGCGCCAGUAUGGCACAGACACCAUCAACAAGGUGGGAGAUGUGAAACAGAUGGGAGUUGAUACAGUGUCUAAUGUGAAGGACUAUGGUCUGAUGCAAGUGUCCAAAGCAAUGGACACUUCUUACGGUUGCUUCGUGGCUGACAAGGUCAAUACCGCUUUGACCUUGUCUGAGGAAUACCUUGAAAAGUAUCUUCCAGAGGAUGACGACGAAAAAGAUGAGAAUGAUCCUGAUGAGGCAAAGGAAAUGGAUGAGUACCCCCCAAGUACUGUUGGACGUGCUAAAGAUUUGACAACUAAAUUGAGACGCAGGAUGUACAAACGAGCUCUGAAGGAUCUGAGGAAUGUUCAGGUUCGAAGCCAGGAAAAUCUAGCCAAGCUUAGCUUCACAGUCGACCUUAUUGAUUAUGCUAAAACUAAUAUGCAGUCUGCAAAAGGUGUAGCAGAGGAGAAGGUUGGUGAACUACAGACCAAGAUGACUACAUUGUGGACAGAGAUCAACAAAGAGGACUCCGAGUUAGAGGAGGGAGAACUUGUACCCAAUACAAUGGAGACCAAAUCCAUUAUCAUGGCUCGCCAUCUCACUAAACAACUCCGCUCCGGCCUUUCCACAUUCAAUACCUAUGUUCCUGAAUCCCUUCAACCUGCCGCUCUCCGUGAACGCCUCCAACAGACCUACAAGUACACUGAAGAGCUCUACUCAUACUUUCGAGAUGUUGCAAAAUAUGAAGAUAUGCCCAGUCUAGCACUAGCCCAGGCCAAGGACAAGCUGGGCUAUCUGCAGUCAACCCUUGGCUACCUGACUGAAACCUUUGUCACCGUCCCACUGACUUGGCUGGAUCCAGACAUGGCAGUUGAAGUAGACCUAGAGGACCUUGGUGUUGACCAACCAGAACCAGUUGAUGCCACAGACUGUAAUGGCCACAUUCCUGGGGUAGACAACGACCCAGCUGAUCAACAAUAACAAUGACACAGACACUAAUUUAUUUCACAUAAAAUGGAAUUUGUGCAAUUGACAUUUCAUGGAACUGUAAAAAUGAAACAUAAAGGCCAACAUCAAGAAAUUAUUGGCGUCUUUGUGAAUGCAAGCAAAUUGAAGGUAUCAGGUCCUGGCCAUGAACAUUUGGUAAUACUUUUAAAGUCAUCCGUCAGAUACACCAGGAAGUAUUAAAUCUUUUGGCCUCUUUUGUAUGAAAGACAAAUAAUCUGAUUAUACCACAUGAAUUAAUGAACACCACCUUGCACAUCAGCAUUCUUGAAAUACUUUGACUUACAAUGUACAAAAUCUGCCUAAAUUUGCUUCUCUACAACACCUUUAAUCUUUUGGGGUAGAAGAAAUUUUCAUAUAUAGACGUUGGUGACAAUUUAAAUGUGAAAUUAAUGGUUUAUAAAUGAUAACUUGUGACGUUUAGAACACUGGGAACUAAUUCUUGUAUUGAAUCUAUAUAAAAACAGAACAUUGAUAUCAAAAUGUAAAACCUUGUUCAUGGCAUCAUGGUAUUUUUAAGAUUUAUUUCUUUUACAUUUUUGUUGUAUAAUAUUGUUGAUGCAUAAAGUUGUUAGCCAUAUACCUUUUAAUCAAAGAACAUGAAAAAAACAAAAAAUCACUUUCAUCCAAAUGAAGGUGAGACUGUUUAUCUAACCAAUAUGUGUUUUGAGUUCCUCGUGACAUAUUUAAAUAUUUCAAUACAUAUUUUAUAAUCGUAUUCAUUGUACAAUAAAUCUGUCUGGUAUG